AUUAAGUUUUAUUAUCGAUAGUAAAUAUAUAUAUAUAUAUAUAUAUGAACCAGUAGUUGUGGGACGUCACAGUAAUGAUGCCAAAUCCUGGGCCUUCCCCCGUUGACAUUCAAUCAGUCACUCUGGUGCCAGCAGCCAAUGAAAGGUGGAGAUGGGUGGAGGAGGAAGGAGCUGCUAGACGGAGCGUUUUGACGCGCUGAGAGGAGGACGGAGCGUCACAUCUCUCCAAACGCCCGUCAAACUUUUUACCACAGCCAGUGGAGAAGACACUGUCCUCUCGAUGAGGCCGGUCAGAGACUAGAAACACACGGUGGACGCUGGGAUCUCGUCUGAACAGCGAUGGAGACACUGGAGCCGAUUGUUUUUGCUACAAUUUGACCCUGCUGUGAAUCGGACUCAAGCAUCCUGUGCACAUUUUCUAAAUUGUUUUCUGAGGUACGGAGACCGGAGAUGGAGCAAGCACCGAGCGCGACGAGUCCUCCUCCUAAACCAGCACAUCACGAGCCCAUCAGCUUCGGCAUCGACCAGAUUUUAGGAUCUGGAGCAGAACCAGAAAACGGGCGCACGGCUGGAAGACAGAGUGGCUCGGAUUUAAGCAGCGGAGACGGUUACUACAGUUUGGGAAGCCCGACCUCGGCUAGUGCGCCCUCGUACACCGCGCUGUCAAUCUCCCUCUCCGGUAUCAUGCCUCCGGUGGAAGCUUCGGGUUCAUACGGUGAAAACAGGGGUCUGGGCAGCCGGGGAGUGAUCCGAGUGCCGGCCCACAGACCCGUAACAGCCACGGGACCCCCGGCCCCUGUCCAGGGCGCAGUGCCUGGCUUUGGAGGUCUGUGCUUCCCGUGGAUAGGGAACAGAUUCGCCAAGGACAGAAUAUCAGCCGCCCUGGUACCGUUCGCCGUAACGCGGCGGAUAGGACACCCGUACCAGAACCGUACGCCUCCCAAAAGGAAAAAGCCUCGCACCUCCUUCUCCAGGGUCCAAAUUUGUGAGCUGGAGAAGCGUUUCCACCGGCAGAAGUAUCUGGCCAGCGCCGAACGCGCAGCUCUGGCCAAGAGUCUGAAAAUGACAGAUGCGCAGGUGAAAACCUGGUUCCAGAACCGCAGGACCAAGUGGAGGAGACAGACAGCCGAGGAGCGGGAGGCGGAGCGUCAACAGGCCAAUCGUCUCAUCCUGCAGCUGCAGCAGUCCGCCCUUCAGAAGUCCCUCGGCGAAUCAGCGGUGUCGGAUCCACUGUGCGCCCAUAACUCCUCCCUGUACGCCCUGCAGAACCUCCAACCCUGGGCCGAGGAGAGAGAGUGACAGGGACUGAAAAAUCCACGCUGAAAUUAAUAACUUUCUUUUUUUUUUUUGUUAUCAAAUGACAAAAGUCAAUGAGACCAACCCGAGGACAGGGGAACCCGUAAUGGUUCCACAAAAUGGAGAAAAACACUGUAACAAAACAUGGAACUGAACUGAACAUAACUUGGUCCAGAGUUGGAAGGUUAAGAGAGGUGAACUUUUAUAGACUAAAUCUGCGACUUCUGUCUUUGGAAACUGUGAGUCUUUGAGAACAAACAGAGGAGCUUUACCGGAAGUUGUCUUCUAAAGUAAAAUAUCACGUCACCUUGUGGUCGUCUUCGUCUGUUUGGACUUGUUCUGCUCAGAAUAAGCCAGAGGAAGAACGUGAAGAAGACCUAAAAGAAAGAAAGAAAAAAACCCAACGUGACAGAAUUAUAAAUAAAUCAUCUUUUCUUUUAUUUGGACAUCAUCCCCCAUUUUAAACAGACAUAUCACAUUUUCCAAAAGAUCUCAAAUUGUGGGUCAGGACUCAAAAAAAGGGUCACAUGGAUGGAUUUGCUUGAUCGCAGAACCAGAUCAAACUGGAAAGAAAUCACUAAUUUAUUGAACCCAGAAAAAUAAGUAGAAAAGUAUUUGUUUUUUAUUAAACAACUAAUGUUUUUUAACUUAAUCUGAAAAUGGAGAAAUUGUAAUAUUUUCAUAAGGUUUUACACCAUAUCAACCAGUCAUAAUAUAAUUGAUAAAAAUAUAUAACAUGAUUCUAACAAAAACAUGUGUAAAGUCCAGGUCCUUUUGGCUUGAAUAUUUAAAUAACGCUGUUCUGGAGCACCUGAAUUAAUAAUGUUCACUUCUAUAAUUUAAAAUCUGUUUAAAUGACACCGUUUUCUUACCUGCAUAUCUUGCACACAGAUGUAUGAAACCCCACAGUCACGCACAGUGAUGCUCCAGCCGUGCAUUUGGGAAUAUUCACUCCACAUAGACGACAGGCUGUAAUAAAGGCAGUGAUGCAUGUUCAUCGUUGGUGGUUAUGUUUUUUCAUAUGCACAUAAUCACCCGCUUCAUUUGUGGGCUGUAUCUGUCUGAAUGGAGGAGCAGCAUAACAAAUGUUUCCUGUUUGUUUUUUUCUUUUUUUGUACUUUAAAUGUAAAUGUGUAAACAACAGUACAGAAAACUGUUAUUGUGAUUCCUGCUCCUGACCUUGAUGAUGCAACGAAAAAACUCUAAGUUUUUCACACACAAUAAUUAUAAUAAUAAUAAUGAUAAAAUAAACAAAAGUUUGAGAAAUGACAAAUAGAAGAAAUGGGUGGAUUUUUGUUGAAAAGUUUAUUGAUAAAUAUAAUGAAAUCUUUUUACAAUAUUUUCUAUACACACAUGGUUUCAUUCUGACAGUCGUCUUCAUGUCUCUGUAUGUGUUCACGUGCCUGUCUAUCUGUUUGUCUUCCUGUCCGUCAGUUUAUCUCUUCAGCAGGUUAUAUUAUAUAUAUUUGCAACGCAUUUGAUCCCAGAGAGGAAUUUUAUUUCACGUCUGGCAGCACAGUGAGUGGACACGCAUGACAACAUCAUUGACACAAAAUCACUGAUAAAGGUGUUUGUGACCUGCUCCAACUGUUAAACAAUGGCUCUCUUCCCAAACAUGGCUUCCAUUCCUUCAGAAUCAGUGAAAAGGUCUUUUUAUGAUUAUCAACUCUUUUUCUUUUAAUUCUUUAAUUUCUGACUCACUUGUUUUCACUCCAGUUCUCCACCGCCUGCCUUCUGUCUCUGACCCUCACAGUGAAAGGUUGAUUUGAGCUGUAUUUUCAUCAGACAUGAUUGAACAGAAAACUUUCUUCUCUGCGGCAGAAACAUGAUCAAAUCACCCAGGCUUAGAGUGAGGUGAAAACAAUUAUGGUCAAAUAAAUAGAUUUCAGAUUAAGAAUUAAAUUAGGAAACCACACACAGAGACAUUUAAAUGCAUGCACACCCCUGUAGUUAUAAGCCAGCAAACCUUCCAAUUUGUCUCUUUAUUCAGCAAAAUUCCAGUGAGAAUAAUUAGGGUUACAUCCAAUUAGACAGAAAGACAGAUAGAUAAGACAGUCAGAAGCACCAGCACACAGACAAACAGAUACACAAAUAGUUCCAGACAGUGAGAAGAAAUAAAUCACAGGUACGACAGUUAAAUAUUAAUCUGUACACAUGAGUCUUUACAACACUAAAACACUGACUGACACCACUGGAACACACAGUGGGGACCUUUUACGAGCCGACGUGAGACGGUGGGAAGCUGGCGGACGUUGCACCGACUGCGCCUGUACUGUGUGUAAAACAGAUGAGGUGACGCUGCGAGAGAGCAA